UAUUCCGCAGUUCACACAUGACACACCUAUGAGGCGAGUAGUCAUUACUCAUGCAUUAACCAUCCACCCGUCAUCCAUUCCAAGCGCCAGCUCAACAACAAACCCACCGAACUUUCUAGAACACACAAACUUGUAAAUAUCAUCGGAAAAAAAAAUCACUCGCACACUCAGAAACAAACAUGGCGACAACAGAAGCAGAGCAGAAAUCUGUAAAGCAAGGAGAAGGACUUCGACAGUAUUUUCUUCAACACAUCCAUGAACUUCAGCUUCGUGUUCGUCACAAAAAUCAUAAUCUUCAACGUCUUGAAGCUCAGCGUAACGACCUCAAUUCUCGAGUUAGAGCACUGAAAGAGGAGUUACAAUUGCUUCAAGAACCAGGCUCAUAUGUUGGUGAAGUUGUCAAAGUGAUGGGAAAAUCCAAGGUUCUUGUCAAAGUGCAUCCAGAGGGUAAAUAUGUUGUUGAUAUAGAUAAGAAUAUCGACAUCAAUAAGCUCACACCAUCUACACGAGUUGCAUUACGAAAUGACAGCUAUGUCCUGCAUCUGGUGUUGCCAAGUAAAGUAGACCCUCUAGUCAAUCUGAUGAAAGUUGAGAAAGUUCCUGAUUCUACAUAUGAUAUGAUCGGUGGUCUUGACCAGCAGAUUAAAGAGAUAAAGGAGGUUAUUGAGCUACCAAUAAAACAUCCGGAGUUAUUUGAGAGUCUUGGAAUUGCUCAACCAAAGGGUGUCCUCCUUUAUGGUCCUCCUGGAACUGGCAAAACCCUAUUGGCAAGAGCUGUUGCUCACCAUACAGAUUGUACUUUUAUCAGGGUAUCAGGUUCUGAGUUAGUUCAGAAGUACAUCGGUGAAGGAUCUCGGAUGGUCAGAGAACUUUUUGUGAUGGCUAGAGAGCAUGCUCCAUCAAUUAUUUUUAUGGAUGAGAUUGAUAGUAUAGGGUCUGCUAGAAUGGAGUCUGGUUCUGGGAACGGUGAUAGUGAAGUUCAGCGAACAAUGUUGGAGCUUCUCAACCAGCUUGACGGAUUUGAAGCAUCCAACAAGAUCAAGGUGUUGAUGGCUACAAAUCGAAUUGAUAUUCUAGAUCAAGCUCUUCUCAGGCCAGGAAGAAUUGAUAGGAAGAUCGAGUUCCCAAAUCCCAAUGAAGAGUCGCGUUUUGACAUCUUAAAAAUUCAUUCAAGAAGGAUGAACUUGAUGCGAGGGAUUGAUCUUAAGAAGAUUGGAGAUAAGAUGAAUGGUGCAUCUGGUGCAGAGCUUAAGUCAGUUUGUACCGAAGCUGGCAUGUUUGCUCUGAGGGAGAGAAGAAUUCAUGUUACACAGGAAGACUUUGAAAUGGCAGUGGCCAAGGUUAUGAAGAAGGAUACAGAUAAGAACAUGUCCCUGCGCAAGCUGUGGAAGUAGAACCAAGAAGUCCUUGUAAUUCGUGUGAGAUAUUGUGCAUCUGUACCUGUUUGACAGCAUAAGUAAAGUGAUGGGAAUGAAUCACAAAAUAUCGGUGAUAGAUAUCUGCUUGCUUGGCAUGUGUUACUGUGUUGAUGAGGAAGAUGCAUGACGAACUGGUAAUGGACUUAAAAGUACUACGCCUUGUAUUUGGUUGCAAUGAUGGGACUGCUAUCAAUCCUAGCAUUUAAGCUCUUUUUUUUUUUCCAUAUACUUUGUACCUCUUUUAUACCUUCAAGGGCACUGUGUGUAUUAAACACCAUCUUAAAAUUUCAGGACUGUACACUUUAGGUACAUGUGAAUAUGUGAUCCCAACAAACACCUCUAAAUUUGCUAUUUUGAAAUUUCAGGAGGGGUUUUGUGUAACAUGGGGAAACCGGGAAUUAAAAGUUAAAUGUACAAGUUUAAUGUUCUGUUGAUGAUGAUUAUGUGCAUGCUUAUGAUUGUGAA